AUGGUCGCUAGCAUAUCCUUGCCCGAGCUGCCUGUGGGGAUUCUUUCCGUCAUUUUCAAGUACAUGGAUGCACUUUCACUCAAGUAUCUUGUAGGGGGGAAAUGGGGAAGUCUACCCAGUAAGGCUCGUGAGCUAGCCGUUGAGCAAUGUGCACAAGAACUGAGUCUUUUACCAUAUGUCCAUACAUUGGUCUUGUAUGGAAGCACUCCGCUUUGGACUUCAAAUGGGUUUGAUCUAUAUCGAAAGAUUCUCGAAAAAAUCCCUGGUCUAAAGGAAGUCUAUCUAGACUGGCAACACGGGAAUUAUCUAGAGUCUCGAACCUUUCAAGCCCUUCCGUUAGGGCUGACCAAAAUAUCCUCACUCCAACACGCAACAUCCUCAAAAAUGGAGAAAUGGUUACAAUCAAACAUGGCAACCUUGGAAAGCCUUGAUCUACAUGUCGGUGAACUAUUUUGA